AUGACGCCAUCCUCAAAUUUCUUCUCAUUUAUGCACUUGCUUCUUUUGUUCGCUUUAUUUAAUCUUAUUGUCUUGGCUCACUUUACUUCUUUUGCACAAGCACUCUGUCAUGAUAAUGAGCAUUCUUCCUUGUUGCGGUUCAAGGAAAGUCUAGUCAUUGAUAAGUCUGCUUCUUGUGAUCCUUCAGCUUAUCCAAAGGUCGCAUCCUGGAAGACAGAUAAAGAUUGCUGCUCAUGGGACGGCAUCACCUGCAAUGAGGUUACCGGUCAUUUGAUCGCACUUAACCUCACUAGUAGCUGCCUUUAUGGUUCUAUCAACUCUACCAGUACUCUCUUCCAACUUGCCCAUCUGGAAUGGCUCAGCCUGGCUGAUAAUGACUUCAUUGGCUCUAGGAUCCCUUCCAAAAUCAUGAACCUUUCUAAGUUAUCAUAUCUGAACCUAUCCAUUUCUGGCUUUUCUGGUCAAAUACCAUCAGAGUUCCUAGACCUCUCAAAGUUGGAGACCCUUGACGCAUCGUUUAAUGAUAACUUGGAGCUCCAAAAGCCAGGUCUAAGAAGUCUAGUUGAGAAGUUAACUCACCUCAAAGUGCUAAAUCUUUCCUGGGUCAACAUUUCUUCUUCAGUACCUGAUAUCUUGGCAAAUCUAUCUUCGUUGACUGAGUUAUCCCUCAAGCAUUGUGAAUUGCAAGGAGAGUUUCCUACAAAGAUAUUCCAAUUACCCCGCCUUCACUUUCUCAGUGUGCAGUACAAUCAAGGCCUCUCUGGGUACUUGCCAGAAUUUGAAAAGAGCAGCCUUCUUCAAUAUUUGAUGCUUGCAGGCACGAGAUUCUCUGGUGAGGUUCCAUAUUCAAUUGGGAAUCUUAAUUCCUUAAUUCUCUUGGAUAUUCACGAUUGCAAUUUUUCAGGAUCAAUUCUGUCUUCACUUGGUAAUCUUACCAAGAUCACUUAUCUUUACUUGUCUGGAAAUCAAUUUUCAGGCAAGUUGUCAACUCUGGUUGGAAAUCCAUCUUCUUUAAAAGAAUUGGACCUUUCACAUAACACUUUUUCAAGCCAAGAUUCUUGUUCAUUGUCGUGGAUGGCUAAGUAUAGUAAGCUUACUUAUUUAGGCCUUUCACAAAUCAACUUGUUUGGUGAAAUUCCCUCUUGGCUCAUGAACCUAACACAUCUUACACAUUUAUAUAUGAGCCAGAACGAAUUAAAAGGUCCUAUUCCAUAUUGGCUUAUGAACCUAAGCCAAUUGGAGGAGCUAUCAUUGUCAUCUAAUCGUUUGAUUGGCGAUAUCCCUUCUCAAAUUGGAAACCUAACGCAGCUGCAGGUUCUUGCACUUGGGUCAAAUAUAUUGCAAGGCGCAUUUCCUAUUGCUCUCUAUGACCUCGAGAAUCUCCGUGUGCUUGACCUCGCUUCAAAUAAUCUAAAUAGCACAAACCAAGAUCAAUUGGAGAUUCUAGAUCUUUCCUCAAACAAGAUAGCUGGCCAAAUACCUGGAUGGUUUUUGAAUUCAAGUGUGGAUUUGUUGCUAAACUUGAACCUUUCCAACAAUUUCUUAACCGGCUUUGACCAACAUCCUCUUAAUUUUUCAUGGACUCGACUAGAAACUUUAGACUUAAGUUUGAAUAAGUUGCAAGGACCACUCCCAGUUCCCCCACCGUCCACCAUGGAUUAUUUCGUUUCGUACAAUAAUCUGAUAGGAGAAAUUCCACCAGUUUUAUGCAAUUUGAAUUGGUUGAGAAUUCUCGAUCUGUCUCACAACAACUUAAGUGGCAAGCUUCUACAGUGUUUGGGAAAUUCCAGUCAUUUCCUAGAACUACUAAAUCUGAAAAAUAACAACUUUAGUGGAGGUAUUCCUGAAAACUUUGUGAAUGGAGAAAACUUGGGGAUGAUUGAUUUAAGCCAAAAUCAAUUACAAGGGAAAAUUCCAAGAUCACUGGCCAGUUGCACAAAGCUAGAAUUUCUUGAUCUUGGAAACAAUCAAAUCAGUGAUACUUUUCCAUCUUGGUUGGAAACUCUUCCAAAUUUAAAGGUCCUUAUCUUACAAUUUAAUAGAUUAAAGGGUGCCAUAAAAGAACCUAAAACAGCCUAUGCUUUUCCCAAACUGCAAAUCAUCGACCUCUCCCAUAAUAGAUUUACAGGUAGCCUUCCAUCAAAAUACUUUGAAUCUUGGGAUGCCAUGAAAGUUGUCAAUGGAAGCUCACUAACAUAUAUGCAACUUCCGGAGUUUAAUACACUCUACACAGGUAUUGAUGAGAGGAUUGAUCUUUUACCAUCGAUUUACGAUUACUCAAUGCGAUUGAGUACCAAAGGCAUAGAGUUGGAGUACGUAAGGAUCUCAAAUCUCCUCACAGCCAUUAUUUUCUCGAGCAACAAAUUUGAAGGACAGAUUCCACCAUCCAUUGCAAAUUUAAGAGGGCUUCGUUUUCUUGUUCUUUCAAACAAUAAUCUCAAAGGCUCCAUCCCACCAUCAAUGGCAAACCUAACAGUAUUGGAAUCGUUGGACCUUUCCAAUAACAAGCUCUCAGGACAGAUUCCUCAACAACUGGAAGACCUCACAUUCCUUUCAAAUUUCAAUGAUUGUGUGGGAAGCAGAUAG